AUGGGGCUACGCAACUCAAAACAAAAUGCAGCGAAAGGAGAAGCGGUGCCUGCAAAAGUCAUCCCUAAAGUUGUUGCCAAAUUUGAGGAGUUAACAAAACGUAGGAACGCAGAAAGCACCCCCUCCAAGAAGGAGCUAUUGAAGCAUGAUGAUGAAGUGGAUGCAAAUUCUCGAUCUUCGCCUGAAAAUGAAUCGGGACGUAAGGUUUCUUCUUCACAAAAGAUUCAAAAACCCAAAGAGGAAAUGGUGGCACAAGUACCAGCCGCAGAAAAACUUUCCAGAGUGGCUCCAGUGCCCAACUCUGAAGGUAAAAUAAUGGAGAAGAAUCACCCCAACAAAGAUUACACGGAGCAGGUUAACAGGGACAUGAUGGUUGUGGCAGAGCUCAAAUCAGAAGAGGAAAAGAGUGCAAAGCUAGAAAGAGAGACAAGGAAAGAAAAAGAUGAAGAUGAUGAUAGUGAUGAUGAAGAUGGGGUUCUAUGUCCUGGAUCACCUAGUUUCAGAAUUUAUUGCGCUGAGGAGUCCGAGAAAAUAAAGGAGAGUGAAUGUGAGUACUAA